CGACGCCCGCGCCGGACUGGGACAAGUGGCUGCGCUCGCCCACACCGCAGCCCUCCUGCCCGCGAUGGGCUGCUCCAGCAGCGCCCUCAACAAGGCCGGCGACAGCAGCAAGCCCCGCAGCGAAGAAAGUGAGUCCUGCUUUGUGCAGCCAAAACCAUGCACACUGGGAAGAGAGUCUACUUUUUAUGGCAAGGUACAAGAGGAAUGCCUUCCUCCAUUAGAAAAGCUCAAGAUUUCAGCGGUGUCUACAGCUAAUGGUGUUAAAUCCCUCCCUGAAGAGGCCCUGGCAAAGGAUGCUGUAGACCAACCAGGAUCCACGGAAAAGACGCAGCCUCUAGAGGGAUCCAAGGAGUCUGGGCCACCUCAGCCAGGUCGCAAAGAUGAUACUUCAGGAGCAGGAGAAAAGAAGAAAAACAUGGAAGCAGUGACAGAGGUUCAACCUUUAAAAGGAAAUGCUGAGACUGAACCUUUAGGAACAGAAGCCAGUUGUCAGCUUUUGAGGACAGCAGGAGAGAGGGACUCUCCUGGAGCAAUGCGAGGUACUGAGAUUCCGCAGACUGCCGGAGAGAUGACACCUCUAGGAACAGCUGAGAAAACGCCACCUCUGGAAGCACUGAGAGAGCCACAACCUCAAGAAGCAAUGAGAAAGGAUGAACAGUCUCAACUCCCAGAAACAGUUCCCAAGGAGACUGAAUCUCCAGAAAUAUUGGACAGAAGUCAGCUUGUGGAAACAGCUGAAGAGCAGCAACUUCAAGAAACAUUGGGAAAAGAUGAGCAGUCCCAACUUCUAGAAGCAAUUCCCACAGAGAAUGAAUGUCCAGAAGUAUUGGACAGAAGUCAGCUUGUCGAAACAGUUGUAAAUAAUGAUUCACUCCAUAAAACUUGUGAAGGUUCAGGAAACACGGAGCAGAUUCAACCUGAAGAAAUUGUUGGAAACGUGGAGCAUUCAGCAGGAAUUCUAGAAACAGGGACAAAUGUGGAAAUGGUCAGGAAAAUUCACACUAAUGAAGAAGACCAACACAUUGAAGGUGAGACAGGAGAAAAGGUUGAAACAGAGAUGGAGAAUGAGAAAGUAGGUGAGGGGGCUGAAACAAAAGAAGAAGAAACAGGAGAAGCUGUGGAUCUCUCAGCAACCACAUAGAUAGGUAUGGUGAUGGAAGGGUGGACGGACGCAGUUGUUAUAAUAGAGAAGACAGAAAAAUGGUCGUGAAGCUGUGUUUACAGAUCUCAUCUCUCAACAUCUAUGUGUGUGAUACAAGGAGUGUGGUUAUCAUGUUCUUGAUUACAUUGUUCCAUAAAACUGCUAAGCUGUAAGCAGUUUUCUUAGCUACUUAGAAUAGUUACACGUUUACAACUAUAAUAGCCAGAGCCAAUAACAACUGGGGUAUAUGAUCAUUUAAGAGGGUGAGGGCGUUCUCUUCAUUGUGGCAGUGGGGUCAUUCAGAAUAGAAAACGAGACCUUUAAAAAGAAAGUAUAAACCAUUAGAUAUAGGUGGCUGGAGAAGGCAGUUAGGAAAUUUUGGGGAGCUCAUGAUAAUAAAGUCACACAGUUAUAAUUACCAUGGAAUAAGAAUGAACAACA